AUUCCUUGGGUGGAUACAUUUUGUAAUUUUACACAAUUUAAUCGAUUUAUUACUUUAAAAAGUAUUAAAUUGUCUUCAAACUGUUCCUAAGUGCUUAAAAAUACAUCGGCCGAUAUGCCACCAGUAAAAUUAGUUUAGUAAAGACGCGGUGACUAGUGUUAUUGUUGUUUUUUAGUGUUACUGUAUCUGGAAAUAAAUAUAAACAAUGUCUGUGAGCGAAAAAGUUUCUCUUUCGGAUGCACUAAGCAAUGUAGAUGUACUGGAUGAGCUGACGCUGCCAGAUGAACAGCCUUGCAUUGAAGCUGCACCAUGCUCUAUUCUCUACCAGGCAAAUUUUGACACUAAUUUUGAAGACCGCAAUGGUUUCGUCACGGGCAUUGCUAAGUACAUUGAGGAGGCUACAGUUCAUGCUAACCUUAAUGAGCUGCUAGAGGAGGGUAAUGCGCACGCCGUGAUGCUGUACACAUGGCGGUGCUGCAGCCGUGCCAUCCCGCAGCCCCGCUCCAAUGAGCAGCCCGACCGUGUCCACAUCUACGAGCGGACUGUUCAGGUGCUGGCUCCAGAGGUGGACAAGCUGCUGCAGUUUAUGUACUUCCAGCGCAAAGCCAUCGAGCGCUUCUGCGGCGAGGUCCGUCGGCUGUGCCACGCGGAGAAGCGGCGCGACUUCGUGUCGGAGGCGUACCUGCUGACGCUCGGCAAGUUCGUGAACAUGUUCGCCGUGCUCGACGAACUGAAAAACAUGAAGAGCUCCGUCAAGAACGAUUAUUCUACGUACCGCCGUGCUGCUCAAUUCCUGAAGGUGAUGUCUGACAGCCAGAGUCUGCAGGAGUCGCAGAACCUCUCCAUGUUCCUCGCCACACAGAACAAGAUCAGGGACACGGUCAAGGACGCGCUGGAGAAGAUUAAUGGCUACGAAGACCUCUUGGCAGACGUGGUGAACAUCUGCGUGCAUAUGUUCGAGACCAAGAUGUAUCUCACACCCUCCGAGAAACACAUGCUUGUCAAGGUGAUGGGUUUCGGUCUGUUUUUGAUGGACUCUGACGCGUGCAACAUCAACCGCCUCGACCAGAAGAAGAAGAUCCGCCUCGACCGCAUCGACAGAAUAUUCAAGAACCUGGAGGUAGUGCCACUGUUUGGUGACAUGCAGAUCGCCCCGUUCAAUUACAUCAAGCGCUCCAAGCACUAUGAUCCUAGCAAAUGGCCGCUGUCAUCCAACCCCAACCCGCUGUCACCGCAGGCCGAUCUGAUGGUCCACCUGCCGCAGAUCCGCGAGGACCACCAGAACUACAUCUCCGAGCUCGCCCGAUACAGCAACGAGGUGACAACCACAUUCAAAGAAGCCGGCACGGACGCGGAGAACAAAGCCGUCAGUGAGCUGUGCCUGCGCGGCUUACAGCUGCUGUCGGGCUGGUGCAGCGUGCUCACCGAGCUGUGCUCGUGGAAGCUGCUGCACCCCACCGACCACGCCACCAACCCCCGCUGCCCCCCCGACGCGGAGGAGUACGAGCGGGCUACGCGAUAUAAUUAUACCAGCGAUGAGAAGUUCGCUAUGAUUGAGGUGAUAGCGAUGAUCAAAGGUCUGCAGGUGCUGAUGGCGCGCAUGGAGACAGUGUUCGCGGACGCCGCGCGGCGCGCCGUGUACGCCGAGCUGCAGGACUUCGUGCAGCUAGUGUUGAGAGAACCGCUGAGGAAGGCCAUCAAGAAUAAGAAGGAUUUGAUACGCAGUAUAAUAGUGUCAGUCCGCGAGACGUGCGGCGACUGGGCGCGCGGGUGUGAGCCGCAGCAGGACCCGGCGCUGCGCGGCAAGAAGGACGCCGACACCAGCUUCACCAUCAAGGUGCCGCGACGUAACGUCGGUCCAUCCUCAACCCAGCUGUACAUGGUGCGGACGCAGCUGGAGGCGCUCAUCUCGGACAAGUCCGGCGGGCGGCGCACGCUGCGCAAAGACCUGGACGCCACUACGCUGCAGCAGAUCGAGACCUUCCACCGGCAGAGCUUCUACUGGUCUUAUCUGCUUAACUUGGCUGAUUCGUUGGCCAAGUGUUGCGACCUAUCGCAGCUGUGGUACCGCGAGUUCUACCUCGAGAUGACCAUGGGCAGGAAAGUCAAUAAAUGCUCGGUGCGUCACCAGCACAACGAGGAGUGCAACGACCUGGUGACGAUGGAGAAGCGCAUCCAGUUCCCCAUCGAGAUGUCCAUGCCCUGGAUCCUCACAGACCACAUACUGCGCAGCAAGGAGCCCGCUAUGAUGGAAUACGUGCUAUACCCGCUCGACCUGUACAACGACAGCGCGCAGUACGCCCUCACCGUCUUCCGCAAGCAGUUCCUUUACGACGAGGUGGAGGCGGAGGUGAACCUGUGCUUCGACCAGUUCGUGUACAAGCUCGCCGAGCUCGUGUACGCGCACUACAAGCAGCUGGCGGCCAGCAUGCUGCUGGACAAGCGUUACCGCGCGGAGUGUGCGGCGCGCGGCGCGGGCGCGGGCUGCGGCGCGGGCCGGUACGUGUCGCUGCUGCGUCAGCGGCACGUCGCGCUGCUCGGACGACAUGUUGAUUUGUGCUCGCUGGUUGCACAGCGCAUCAACGCGGACAUGCACCGUGCGCUUGACGCCGCUGUAGCAAGAUUCGAGGCGGGAGACAUUACAGGAGUUGUGGAGCUAGAGGGCCUCAUAGCGGUGAACCGUCUCUGCCACAAGCUGCUGUCCCGCUACCUGCGGCUGGACGAGUUCGACGCGGUGCUGCGCGAGUCCGACCACGGCGUGCUUGCCCCGUACGGCCGCAUCACGCUGCACGUGUUCUGGGAGUUGAACUAUGACUUCCUGCCGAACUACUGUUAUAACGCUGCUACUGAUAGGUUCGUGAAAUGCCGCGGCAUCCAGUUCGCGGCGCCGGUGCAGCGCGAGAAGCCGCAGCAGUACGGGCACGCGGUGCUGUGGGGCUCCAAGCAGCUGGCGCUGGCGUACGGCGCCCAGUACGCGCAGUACGCGGGCUUCGUCGGCGCGGUGCAUCUGCACGCGCUCGUGCGGCUGCUGGGAUACCAGGGCGUCGCCGUAGUAGUGGGCGAGUUGCUCGGCGUCGCGCGUGGCCUCCUCCACGGCACGCUCGCGCAGUUCACGCGCGCGCUGCAGGCCGCCAUGCCGCGCACGUGCAAGCUGCCGCGCUACGACUACGGCAGCAACGGCGUGCUCGGCUACUACCACGCCCAGCUCACCGACAUCGUGCAGUACCCGGAGGCGCGCACCGAGCUGUUCCACGAGCUGCGCGAGCUCGGCAACAUCGUGCUGUUCUGUAUGCUGAUAGAGCAGGCGUUGAGUCAGGAGGAGGUGACGGACCUGCUGCACGCCGCGCCCUUCCAGAACAUACUGCCGAGACCCUUCGCCGCCGAGGGCGAGAAGCCGGAGACUAAACAGAAGCGUCUGGAGGCGAAGUACGCUGCGCUGCAGAUCGUACAGAACGUCGACAAGUACGGCUCCGCCAAGCAAAGCCAGCUAUCCCGCGAGGGCGACCUGCUGACGCGGGAGCGGCUGUGCUGCGGGCUGUCGCUGUUCAGUGUGGUGCUGCGGCGGCUGCGCGGCUGCCUCACCGCACCGCAGUGGCCCGCGCCCCCAGCGCCGCCGCACCUCGCGCCCCUCACCGCCGACGACACCGCCGAGUUCCACAGGCUCUGGUCCGCCCUGCAAUUCCUCUACUGCAUCCCCGUGGGUGACACGCAGUUUACUGUCGAGGAACUGUUCGGCGAGGGACUGCACUGGGCCGGCUGCACCAUCAUCGCCCUGCUCGGCCAGCAGCGCCGCUUCGAGGCGCUUGACUUCUGCUACCACAUACUGAGGGUGCAGAGGGUGGAUGGCAAAGAUGAGCUGGUUAAGGGGAUUCCGCUGAAGCGCAUGGUGGACCGCAUCCGUCGGUUCCAGGUGCUCAACUCGCAGAUAUUUGGAGUCCUGGCGCGCCACCUCGCCGCCGCCGACGACGAGCGCGCCGGCGUCGAGCACGUGCGCUGCUUCCCGCCGCCCGCCGCGCCGCAUCACGUCGGCUAGGGAAUUUAGCAGCUAGAGGCCUGUUUAUAACAAGUUCUUAACAACUAAAUCAUGUCGCCUAACCUUAAGUGUUGAUUCACACCGCUACGCGACGAGUAGAUGCAUUUCUAAAUUUGUACUGAAUUG